AUGAGACUGUCCCUUGCGCUAGCGGCCGUGGUCGCGUUAUCCUUCGUUGCCGAAAUUAGUGCCUCAGCCGAGGUGGACUUGGGGGAUGCUGAUUUCGAUUCAAAGCUUGCGUCGAUGGAGAAUGUUCUCGUCAUGUUCUAUGCCCCAUGGUGUGGACAUUGCAAAAAACUUAAGCCAGAAUUCGCACAGGCUGCUGAGAUGAUGAAAGAUGACGAUCCACCAGUUUUCCUAGCCAAGGUUGAUUGUACCGAAGCUGGAAAAGAAACUUGCAGCAAAUUUUCAGUUUCAGGAUAUCCUACCUUGAAAAUCUUUAAGAAUGGCGAGCUAUCAUCCGACUACAAUGGACCUAGAGAAGCCAACGGAAUUGUCAAAUACAUGCGCAGCCAAGUUGGUCCCGCAUCGAAGGAAUUGAAGUCUGCAUCUGAUUUUGAGAGCUUUAUUGCAAAGGAUGACGUCGCAAUAAUUGCUUUCCUGGCCGAGAAGGACUCUAAAUUGGAAAAGACAUUCCAAAAAGUGUCGGACGUUCUGAGAGAAAAAGCUCGAUUUGGUCACUCGAAUAACGGAGCUGUAGUCAAGAAGGCUGCUCAAAAGGCUGACACUUUGGUUCUCUACCGCCCAAAACAACUUUCGAAUAAGUUUGAGCCUGAUACUUUGGUAUACGAUGGCGCUUUUGAUAGUGCUGAUAUCCAGAAAUGGGUAAAAGAUAACUAUCAUGGAUUGGUUGGAGUCCGAACUCAAGACAGCUCAAAGGAUUUUGUUCAACCUCUCGUCAUCGCAUACUACAAUGUUGACUACAAGAAGAAUGUCAAAGGUACCAACUACUGGAGGAACCGAAUUCUAAAGGUUGCACAAGCAUACAAAGGAGAACUUGCGUUCGCUGUGAGCAACAAGGAUGAAUUCCAACAUGAAUUGAACGAAUACGGUGUCGAAUUCACUCCUUCAGACAAACCAAUUGUCACUGCCAAGAACUCUAAGGGACAGAAAUUCAAAAUGGAAGACGAAUUCUCUAUGGAAAACUUUGAAUCAUUCCUGAAGAAGAUGGUUGCUGGAGAAUUAGAACCGUUCUUAAAAUCUGAACCAAUCCCAGACAUGAAUGAGGGAGGAGUAACUAUUGCGGUUGGCAAGAACUUUGAUGACGUUGUCUUCAACAGCGGCAAAGACGCUUUGAUCGAGUUCUACGCUCCGUGGUGUGGACAUUGCAAAAAAUUGACUCCCAUUUAUGAUGAACUCGGAGAAAAGCUGAAGGAUGAAGAUGUUGCCAUUAUAAAAAUGGAUGCUACCGCUAAUGAUGUUCCAGAGCUCUUUGAAGUCAGGGGCUUCCCCACACUAUUUUGGUUGCCCAAGGGGAGCAAGAAGCCCGUAAAAUAUGAAAGUGGACGCGAAUUGCAAGACUUUAUCAAGUAUAUUGCUAAGGAGGCUACGGAAGAACUCAAGGGCUACGAUAGAUCUGGAAACCCAAAGGAGAGCAAAACUGAAUUGUAAUUCUCGCCGCAUUCAAAGAAAAUUUUGAAAUAUUACCAUCCUUAAAGAAAUCAUACAUCAGUAAUAUCUCGACUCAAACUAUAAUUCGCAAGACAUUUCUAUUUGAAGUACUGAUAGGGAUAAUAAUUAAAAUGGGUAUUUUCGUAGCAAAAUUUAUGAACCAGACCAGUGAAAAGUCAAUUAUUCAGUUCUACAACAAACAACAACAACAUUCUUCAUGUGAUUCUAUUUGUCCUACGUUACGUUGGGUUGGGGGUUAAUGUUAAUUAUAAUGAUCAAUAUAAUUUGGGAUUUGAGUGCCACCCUGUUCUUAUUGCUUACGUAUAUUUCUUCCAUGAGUCUGAGUUAUUAAUAAUUUCAUAAUAAAAAGUGAAAAACUAAA